UACCUACUCUUAUUAACUUCUCUGUCUCUCUCUUCUCUGCAUCAGUCUCUUUAAGCAAAACUGGGACACAGAAACUUAUUAAAAGUCUUCUUAAGGUUUCUCUGUUCGGUCCCUUGUUUUCUUUAAGAAAAUGCAGAAGCACAAAUGCAAGCUCUGUUCCAAAAGUUUCUGUAAUGGCAGAGCACUUGGUGGUCACAUGAAGUCCCAUUUGGUCUCAUCCCACACGCCCACUCGGAAGAAGCUCCUCGGUGACUCGGUUUAUUCCUCUUCCUCUUCCUCGGAUGGUAAAACUCAGGCCUACGGGUUGAGAGAGAACCCGAGGAAGAGCUGCCGGGUCUUUAAUCCGGAUCCUGAGUCAUCCACCGUUUACAACAACAGCGAGACGGAGACCGAACCCGAGUCAGUGGACCCGGUUCGUAAACGGGGCAUGGGAGAGGUUUCUAAGAAGAAGAGGACGAAGAAGACGAGGAGUAAGAAGAGAGUGUUCGAGAACUCGUCCGAGUCGGGAAAGAAGCAGAAGAGGAGUAUAAGCAACUCCGACGACUCGCCGGAGCCGGCGAGCUCUGUCUCCGACGGUUCUCCGGAACAGGAUUUAGCCAUGUGUUUGAUGAUGCUGUCGAGAGAUUCAAGGGAGAUUAAACCCAUUGUCGCAGCGGAAGAGAUGAAGCCGGAAAAGAGACAUGUCCCGGAGCUCCGCCGCUGUAUGAUAGAUCUGAAUCUUCCUCCGCCGCAAGAAACCGAUGUUGUCUCGGCCAUAUAAAACAGGGGAGGAGGUUUGCAGAGAUGAUCAAAAAUCAAAGCAUCUUGUUGAUUUGGCUUUUCUUCAAGAUCAUUAUUCUUUAAAAACUAGAAACCAUUUUAUUGGUUUUGGAAUCUCUUUAGAUGGUCUUUAUCAGAACAAUGUACUUUUGAUGUAAGACAUAAGAAGCAAACCCCAAGAAACAAGCUGUGUUUCUAGAUUUCUUCUGCAGUUCUUAGUGUCAUGGAUGAUAUAAUAUAUGGUUGGAUCUAUGUUACAUUGUUUUGAUA